AACUGGGCACCAAGACUGAGACAACACCGCCAUGCUGCUGGUCCUCAGAGCUUUUCUGCUGCUGGGUUUUGCCUCGCUGGCGUGUGCCUCCAGGCACAUAUCAGUGAAGCUGAAGCAGGGAAACGGAUCACGGGGAAAAACUGUGAGAGUGGUCCUGGAUUCUUCUGUGCUGAUUCCUCCCUCCAGCAGAUUUGCCUCACAUAUUUCAAACGCAUCUCUGUCGCCGUGGAUUUACAGAGAAACCUGUGUUUCAUCGCGUUUGCCCCGGAUUAUCUCAGAGGCGCACUGUCUGACUUCUGGCUGUCUGAGCCCUGAGCGAGGAGGGGAGGAUUUAACUCUGGAGGUCAAACCCAUCCAAUAUGAGAUCCUAGUCCUUCACAAAAUCCCAAGACAAAUUCAAACCAAGAAAGGAGGGAAGAGGAAAAAAAGGUAUGACUUCAUUCUGGGGACCCAGGUGAUCACGGUUGGCUGCACCUGUGUGAAGCCUAUCACUCUCCCCAUGCAGUAACAAAGACUUCCAAUACUCUUCUAAUUAAUUUGAAUGUGUUAGAGUUUUGGUUCACAAGCUAUGAUAACCUUUUUUAAGUCCCCAAGUUCCGAGCAAGAUUUCAAAACAACGGAUGAAUUUCUUCUUUUUUAAACCUGCAACUAUUGUAUUUAAAAUAGGCUGUUCACUGGAAAAUAUUCUUCUCCACUAUCCGUCUAAAAAAAUAAAUGAACUAUGAGGUUUUUUUUUGUUGUUGCUUAUCUCAAAUGUGCCAUCUGUAAGUCUCUCCCCCCUAGUGGUGAAAAAGUUGAUUCCUGUAGCUUUUAACCAUAAUAGAGGCUGUUGAAAAAAUAUAUGGUUGUAAAAGAUGUGACAGUUUUUUGUAUGUAUGUGUGCGUUGCUGCAUUUUCAUUUGAUCCUUUUUAAGUAACUAAAAUUAAAACUUUGCAAUAAUUGUGUUUUACAAAAAAGACAAAGAACAAAGAGUAAUUUCUGCAUCUUAUGCAAGUGUACUUGAGCAGAUUGUUAGUUUAGACGAUUGUUAGUUUAGACUUAUUUACAGUACACUCUG